GUGGCUUGAGCCUGGGGUGACUCCAGAGGACGCUCCCUUCAUCUUUGGUUUUCCCCUUUCUGUUGCACAGAAACACAAUGGCUCUGCUAACAGCCAAAACAUUCAGGUUACAGUUUAACAACAAGCGCCGCGUCACAAAGCCUUACUACCCGAGGAAGGCCCUCUUGUGUUACCAGCUGACGCCGCAGAAUGGCUCCACGCCUACCAGAGGCUACUUUAAAAACAAGAAAAAGCGACAUGCAGAAAUUCGCUUUAUUAACAAGAUCAAGUCCAUGGGACUGGACGAAACGCAGUGCUACCAAAUCACCUGUUACCUCACGUGGAGCCCCUGCCCCUCCUGUGCCUGGGAGCUGGUUGACUUCAUCAAGGCUCACGACCAUCUGAACCUGUGCAUCUUCGCUUCCCGCCUGUACUGCCACUGGUGCAGGCACCAGCAGGAGGGGCUGCGGCUUCUGUGUGGAUCCCAGGUCCCGGUGGAGGUCAUGGGCUUCCCAGAGUUUGCUGACUGCUGGGAAAACUUUGUGGACCACGAGGAACCGCUUUCCUUCAACCCCUCUGAGAUGUUAGAGGAGCUAGAUAAAAACAGUCGAGCCAUAAAGCGACGGCUUGAGAAGAUAAAGCAGUCCCGGAGUGUGGAUGUUUUAGAGAAUGGCUUAAGAAGUUUGCAGCUUGGACCCGUAUCCCCCUCAUUGUCAAGAAGCAACUCAAGAUGACUUUCCCUGGGGCAUGUCAGUUGCCUCAUAGCCUGCUGGUCCUGUGAGCAAGCACCAAGCUCCACAGUGCCGGUUCCUUGCCCCAAACCUGGCCCCAUCCAAGUACAGAAGACCUUUUUUUCCUCCUUUUUCUAUAAUGUUUUCUGUUCUAAGUGGGUGAAUAAUUUUAUAAUUGGAAAAAUAAAGAUAAUUUUAAAGUCUGUAAAUCCAGCCGGGUACGGUGGCUCACGCCUGUAAUCCUAGCACUUUGGGAGGCUGAGAUGCUCGGCCAAUAAAUUUCUAUUGUUUAUGAA